AUGAGUGGUAGAAGUGGCUACGCGAACGGUUACGGUUACUCCGACGCCAGUCGCUACGACCGCGGUGAUGGCGGAUACGGCAACAAUGGCAACCUGGGAGUAAAUGGAUACGAAACCGGCGGCGGAAGGGAUAGGCGCCCCGGAGGCUAUGGAGGAUUCUACCCAGAAGCAUCACAGCAGCCAUCUUUGUCAUCUGCGCCAUCGCCGGAGCGGCGGCGCGAGAGGUUCGAUGGAGACGACCGUUCCUACUCUUCGUCACGAUCACGGACACGCGCCGCAGAUACGGACAGAGAGCGCCGAGCUCAACAUACAGAUGACAGGCCUCGUGGGGACAACAACCGAUUACCGGGUGGUUCCAGCAGUCAGGGAGGAGCUAGUGGAGGGUCACAAGCUGUCGAAGAUGUUCUACACUCCAUACAGCGCGAAUGGGACUACGUAGCGAACGACGACUGCGUACCGGUCCAGGUUGCCCUGCAACUGAUGGACACGAGCACACUAGGGAAGGCCGAACGCGAACCGGACUUUUUGAACGUACAUCAAACGAUUCAGCAGACACUGAAGGCGAUUGUCAACGAGCAUCAUCAGGGCUUCAAUAGUUCUAUCGGUACAUAUCACAAAAUCCAGGCAAACAUCCAAAGCUCCCAAGGUCGAGUACGGAAUUUGAAGCAUGCGCUAGAAGACGCAAAGGGCGGACUGCUGUCUACGAAACCCGAGCUGAAAGACCUGGCGACAUCUUCUCAGAAAUACGACGACAUCAUUCAGCUGUUUAGUCAGAUCCAGGAAAUCCAAUCCCUUCCUGAAAAGUUGGAAUCUAGGCUGUCCGACAAACGAUUCUUGGGUGCCGUGGAGGUCCUCCAUGAUGCGCUUCGACUUUUGCGGCGCUCGGAGCUCGAGAACAUUGGUGCUCUUGCUGAUAUUAGGGCGUAUUUUGAGAAUCAAGAGUCUUCAAUCACAGACAUCUUGGUUGAGGAAUUGCACGAUCAUCUAUACCUGAAGUCUCCCUACUGCGUUGAUCGAUGGAAGCCACCAGCUCCAGAGACGGAAAGCAAUGGCGUGAACGGGGCCGGCGCCGGCGCCGGCUCUUGGGAGCGGCCUGUCUACGGGUUUCUAGCGAGGCUCGACGCAUCCAAGCCUAUGGUAGAGGAUGCAUCUCGGAAUCCCGAGGCCGACACGUUCUCUUACCUUCAACUUCUCAUCGAGGCUCUAAACAAGAUGGGCCAUCUGGACAUCGCGGUCGAUCGCAUUGAACAGCGACUUCCGGUGGAGCUGUUCACGGUAGUCGAUAAGACAAACGCAGAGAUCGACGCACGUUACCCAAUCCAAAGGGGUUCGAUGGCGCAAGAUGGUAAGACAGAGUCACCUACAGAAUUGAUCGAGGAGCGCGGUCAUGUGCUCUCAGAAUUCUUGUGGACGCUUUAUGCCAAAUUUGAAUCAAUCGCGGAGGGGCAUCGUGUAGUUCACGAUGUGAUAGCAGCCAUUGUACAGCGCGAGGGCAUACCCAAGAGCAACUCUUUAGCUGGUGGCUUCAAGGAGCUUUGGAAGCUUUACCAAAGCGAGAUUCGAUCGUUAAUGCACGACUACCUGGCCACCGACGGUGAUUCUUCAAUUGGACCUGAUGAAGGGACAGAUGCGCGACGUCAAAUGUACUCGGGCUAUAGAGACAAGAACAAGAAAUUGUUCAAAUUGUCCGAGGCGAGUCGCACAACAGAAAUGAAGGCCGAGCAAGACGAGUUGGAUGAGAUUCUGAGGUCCUCUGUGCCCGGUCUUGUGUCCAAGUCAGAGCAGAAGUCAGAUGAAAACGGUCCCACCGAUUCCAGGCAAGGUACAGGGCACAAGAUUCUCAUUGAACCUAGUGUAUUCAACAUGAGCCUGCUAUUGCCGCCUUCGCUCUCAUUUAUCCAACGACUGAAGGAUGUCGUGCCUGUUGAUUCCGACAUGGCUACUGGUUCCCUGACGUCUUUCCUCGACGAUUUCCUUGUCAAUGUUUUCCUGCCACAACUUGACGAGACGAUUACCGAGCUUUGCACUCUCAGCUUUAUCACGCCUGAUGCUUUCACGGAAGACCCUCAGUGGUCGGCAGUCUCACCUAAACCAGUCUUCAAGGGAACGGUCAAGUUUAUGUCGGUUGUGAAGGAGUUCAGUAAAAUGCUGUCCAGCAUCCCUCAUGAUCAAGCUUUUACCCAGCUUCUUCUUAGUCAAAUAGUGACAUACUACGACAAGUGUUGCGGGUGGUACAAGACCAUCGUCACGAAGGUCUCUGGAAGAGGUGGUGUUCAACUCAAAGCUGCCGCAGCCUUUGCUGAAUCCGGACCCGUUCAUGAUCUGGUCGUCGAACUGUGGCGAAGAUCAGAUCUCCAUAAGCACGAGGUUCUUGACAAGGAAGCUGGUAUUUUGAUAAAGCAGACGGAUAAAGUGCCAUUAGAGCCUGCCGAUAUCAUAUCGGAUCCGAAGUCCGUGGUGGCUCUGUCUCUUCUUCACAAUAGCAUGCAAUGGCUUGCCAGCAGUCUUUCAAAACUACGACAGCCAUUGACGGACACUCGAUCAUCUCAACCCGGAUCCGGGCCGACAAACCGCCGCUGGACUCUAAUCAGCGCCAUGAAGCCGAAGCGUGAUAGUAUCAAUCAAGCUAUAUACCUUCCAUUGAAUCAGGAAACAGCCACCGCAUUUGACACCACACUCCAGUCAUUACGUGACCUCGCACUCACAGCCGUCUACGCUUUGCACAUUGAUAUCAGAUGCGGAGUCAUCCAUAUGUUGACCAGAACCAUGGCUGGUCCCAACCCACCCAUGCCCCGCAACUCAGAACCCGCUACUCCCUCACCACCGCCCAGUGGUGGUUGCUGGCAUCUCUUAGAUAGGCAGCCAACCGCAGCAUCUCCAGCAAUCCUUGAAUUAAACAAAGACCUAAUCUCCUUUGACACGAACAUCUCAACGUAUUUGGGAGCAUUCCAACGUUAUUUCAUCACAUCGGGGCUAUCUCGGUUCAUCGACAGGGUCUUCCUUGCCAGCACCCGCUACAUCUGGGCCAUGAAUGAGAAUGGCGCGUUGCGACUACAACUCGAUGUUUUUGUCUUGCAACAGAAUCUCAAAAACAUCAUCAUUGAUUUGUCUCAGUCCUCAACCCCAGACCAUGCCAAUGCACCGAAAGAAGGUGAACCAUUCCGUGAAAUUGUUACCCUUCCCCGGAGUGCCAAGUUCCUCGACUGGUUACUCGAAGGCGCGUUCAAGGCACUUGAUUACGCCAAAGAAGAAAAGGAGAAUAUCGCUUCUCGCGGCGAAAAGGCGCCUGCUGCGUCUGGCGAACCGUUUAGUUAUGAAGAGCUCAAGGUGCUUGUUGACUUGUGCUUCUCGGAGAUCCUCAGAGGACCCAAGGGGGAGGACAAUCGGGAAGACUUCAUGGCUGCGAAGAAGGCCAGUGCAGAUGCACUCCUGAGGCUGAAUGAGAUAAUGUGGGACUCAAAAUGA